UUUUAAAACGAGAGUGUGAGCUCACUCGCUCAAUUCUUUCAUAAAUUCAUAAUCAUGUCUGCUGUUCCCACACACUCUCUCUUCUCUUAGCUAUACCGGUUGCUUUCACUGUCUCUCCUGUUUCUCUCUAGUCCAACACUAACGAUUUCCUCACUCUAACCGAGCGAGAAAGCCUCAGCAAAUGGCGGCACCUGUGUUGUAUAUCUAGAGUAAAGAAAUAAAGGAAGAUGGAGAAGAAACAAGGGUUGUUUUGGGCGUUGAAAGAGCGCGGGAAGAGUCCGGGUCGGAAGAAGGUGGGUGUGAGUAAUAGUGAGCCAGUGAUUGCGAGAUCGAGGCCGGUGGGGGAGGCUCUGGCGCCGUUGAUGGAGGGCCCGGAUCCAGAUGGCGCGGAAAUUGUCGGGUCAAAGCGCGUGGGAUCCGGCCUGGGGCAGUGGGUCCGCGGGCAGCUGAGCCGCACUCCUGAGAACAAGACGUCUGAUUUGAGGCUGCUGCUCGGGGUCAUGGCUGCGCCACUCGCGCCGCUGCACCUUACCACCACUCCUCCCUUCCCUCACCUCACCCUUAAACUUAAAGACACCCCAAUUGAAAGUUGUUCAGCACAGUACAUUUUGCAGCAAUACAGCGCUGCCUCAGGAGGGCACAAAGCUCAGAGCUCCAUGAAGAAUGCUUACACAGUAGGGAAGCUAAAGAUGAUAGGCUCAGAGUUUGAGAGUGCGACGAAGGUGGUGAAGAGCAGGAAUGGCUGCAGAGGUGUCGAAUCCGGCAGCUUCGUCCUGUGGCAGAUGUAUCCAGAUAUGUGGUAUGUGGAGCUCGCUGUCGGAGGAAGCAAAGUCCACGCUGGCUGCAACGGGAAGCUCGUGUGGAGGCACACGCCGUGGCUCGGUGCACACACUGCAAAGGGCCCUGUUAGGCCCCUGCGCCGUGCCCUUCAGGGGCUUGAUCCGUGGACAACGGCCGCCAUGUUUACGAAUGCAGUGUGCAUUGGGGAGAAGAUUGUGAAAGCGGAGGAGUGCUUCAUCCUCAAGGUUGCUGCUGAUGAGCGCAGCCUCAAGGGGAGGAGCCAAGGCCCGGCUGAGAUGAUCAGGCACGUCUUGCUCGGCUUCUUCAGCCAGAGGACGGGGCUGCUCGUGCAGAUGGAGGACUCCCAUCUCACGCGUAUACAGUCCAAUGGCGGGGAGGCCGUCUACUGGGAGACCACCACCAACUCCUACAUGGAUGACUACCGCUCUGUUGAAGGAGUCAUGGUUGCUCACUCCGGCCAUUCCGUUGUCACCCUCUUUAGGUUUGGGGACACGGCCAUGAGCCACACCAAAACCAGGAUGGAGGAGGCGUGGACCAUUGAGGAGGUGGCUUUCAAUGUUGCCGGCCUCUCCGUCGACUGCUUCAUUCCACCCGCUGAGCUGAGGUCGUGUGAGGAAGACGAGAUGGAGGAGAAGGGCAUCGGUAAUGUAGUGUGGAAGGUAGAAUAUUGAUGAAGACUGGAAUCAGCUUGCACCAAAUGUUCAUAGAUAUAUAUGAGUAGGCUGUUUCUGCUUCACUAACACGGCACAAGUAACAAACUAGGGUGAGUUUGAUUUUUUCUGUUUUAUAAUUUGUAGAGAAGGGAUGUUGAUUUUAGUUUUACCUUUUUAGAUGGAGGAAGGAAUUAAGUUGUAAUAUCAUUAUAUCAACAUUGCAGAAUGAAUGGUACCCAUCUCGGAUAUUA